UAGAAAUGGGCAAACGUUGAAAGUUAUCGCACUUGGUGAACCAUACAUGAAAAAUAUGCAUUUUCGAUGCCAAACAAACAGAUAUGGAAAUCCUGAACGAGUAGAAGAUGUUUUGUUUUGUAACUUCAAAAAUUGCUUCAUUGGCAGUUGUGGCUAUGAUUUGAAUUUAUUCGUCAAUACCUGUUUGAACUUCGAUGCUCUGACUCGGGAACGUUAUAAACUUCUUCAUUGCUACUAUGAACAUUUCUCAGCAACAUUGAAAACUUUAAACGAAAACUCCAUUCCCAGUUGGCAGACAAUUUUGGAUGACGUGCAUGAAUUUGAAUUUAUCGGUUUUUAUGGUUUACUUUGUGAAAUGCCAUUUUGUCAGGUGAAAAGCGAUCUUCCGAAAUGCUAUAUACUGGCUAAUACGAGAAAUAAGGAAAUUGUGCCAAUUUCGUUUGAACAAGAGUAUGAGAUUAUCCUGAAAACCUCACACAUAGAAGAGAUUUUUAAGUAUGGACUGUAUCGUUUUAAUGAGCUUCGUGUAUGGAAUUCUAACAUAGAUUGGGAGGGAAAACAGGAGAACGUGGAUGAAUUUGUUAAGCUGAAUGCGCCUAUAAAUUGAUAAAAAUAAACUGUUUGUCUACAUACAUACAUAUAUACAUAUCUACGAAGUUACGUCAUUUGCAUGAAGCAUUUAUUUCGGUUUUAUUAAGCUACACCCUAAUAAAAGGAAUAAGUUCCAAAACUAUAUGGCCUCCUAAAUUUUAUAAAUAAUCAUUAGUUUUAAGUGGAAAAAAUUCAAUAAAAAGAAUUAUC